GUUAGCGCUAUAACGUUUCAAAUAGUAGGAGUUUUGUCGCCGCUCGAACAAAAAUACAAACUUAUACACGAGUGUGAAGUAAAAUCGUUCGUAUAGCAUUUUGUGCUUGUCGUGCUGCAUACAUCGGACGUAUUUGCGAAUUUUUCCAUACACCAAUUUGGUGUUGUUUGAUCUGUGUGAAAUGAUAAUACUUGAUUAGACUGAAUCAAUUGUGAAAUACGUACAGAUCUGUGAAAGUGAAAUUAUACUCGGAUCUAUAAGGAAAGCGUUGGAAAAAUGCUUCGGUUCUUAGUCAUUGGUGUCUUUUUAUUAAUUUCGUUGGAAUCCAACGUAGUCACUGCUUACCAGGAUUUUUCGGUGAGAAAAUUGUGUCCGAAUUCUCAGCUCAAAUUGGCAUUCAACCAGAUCUACAACAAUAAACCGAGCAUUCCGCUAUUUAAUCAAAGUGAAUCGGCCGUACUGGUGCAUGACAUUUGGACCGAUGAAAAUAUUCACACAUUUCAGGAUUGUACAUUUGUUGUUGACAGCAAUUUAUAUUUGGCGAAUGGACGAUAUGGACGCGGUUUGUUUGCAUCAGUUAAUACGUUGAACUUUCGACAAGAUGCCCAGGGAAAUUGCGUCGAUUAUGUUCGAUUCAGAUUUGAUGGAUCAAAAACGGACAAAAUGUGCGGCCGUUUCAUGGUUGACGAUCCAGUGGGACAACAAUCAUUUUUCAAUGAAGGCGGUGGCAUGAUUGCAGUGCAUAUUUUUGUCAAUAAAUCCGUUCCGUUCCAUCCGCUGCAACGAUCCAUUGAAGUGAAUCUCGUGUUUACAGCAUAUGAAAAAUGUAACACCGAUCAAAGUUUUGUCAAGUGUCACCCAAAUUCCGAUGAUUUCUGUAUCUCAAGUGUCUUCAAAAAUGAUGACAUUCAAAAUUGCCCACCACCAACUCCAAGUGAUGAACCGCAAAAACUGCAGCAACAACAGCAACAGCAGCAACGAAAUAAUCUAAAUCAGAAUCAGAAUCGGAAUCAACAAACCAAUUACGGCCAUACAAAAACCACUGGAGGUGUUCCGAAUAAUUAUGCCGAAAGUAGCCUUCUCUUCUUCACUGCAUUCGUCACCUUUAUCUCAUUGAACUUUAUGCUCUAAAUGCCUUGCACUUUCGUAUGAAAGUCGAAGUGUUUUAUUUUUUAAAUCUGAUUAAUUGUACUUAAAUGUUCAUUUUUUCUAUCGACUUACACCAUAUUCUACAGUUUUAUCUGCAUUUACGGGUCAACAUAGGCGAUAGUCUUUAAUCAAAUACACUCAUUUCUGGAGAUUUGUUAUCAACAGUGUUGACUCAACACGGAAUGAGAAAUUCUCAAAAAAAAAAUGUGACAACUUUCAUCUACCUAAAGAACAAUUGUUGGCAUUUAAAUGUAUUUAUGGUUUGACAUAAUACACAUCCAAUUUCAAUCGAAAAAAUGUCAUUCAUUCCACAUGCACAACAGAGAAAAAUCGUAUAUUCGUAAAGAAUUAAAAAUUUGUUUUUUAAAUGAAA